AAACCUGUUAUUAGUGGGUGACCGUACGGAACCAUGGCAGGCCGUUUCACCCCUCCAACGGCAGUUGGGACGCAUUUAAUGUGCUGCUACUGACUGCCUCUCUCCCUCCCUCUAUCCGAAGAUUUCCAUCGUUCUUUCUUCUCUCUCUCAAAAAAGCUCUGCAUUUUUCACUACCCACAUUCAAAACAAAAAAUCCAAUCCGAUAUCUUCUACAUCCCUCACCCCUCCGAGAAUUUACGCACCGAAAUCCGAUCCUCUCCCCCACUAGUUUCGUGGUUUCGGCCACUCAAAUCGGUUUGCAUUUCGGCUCGUCUUCUUACCCGAACAGGUGCGGUGGUGGUGAUGUCACUCUAAAUUAUAAACAGGCAUAAGAAAAUAGUGAACUAAACGAACAGUGGAUUCAUUCAUUCAUUGUGAUCAAUCUGAGUCCGUGAAAAGAUAUCUUGGAUGGAAUAGGAUACUCUCCUCGUGGCUCAUCCGCAUUUAUGAUUUAAGACGUCCUUGAAAAAUACGUGUCAGACUUCAAGCACAAAGGAAUCGCAAUUGGAGCUGGAAAAUUAAUGAGUUUGAUGGCCUUGGGAAGCUUGUUUUCAUUAUGGACAUUAAUUCGAGAAGUUUGAUUUUAGUACUACUACAAGCAAGACCCAUUUAGAAGUGAAAAGUGAAGAUUUCGGGAACUUGCAAAAUUUAGAGAUUUUGGGUAUUGGAUAGCGGAGUUUUUAACAAGAAGAAAAUUUGGGAAGGUGAUUCAGAAUGCUGGAGCCUGAGCUUUGUACUCCUCGGAUUCUUUCGCCUUUCCGCGAGGAAAGUGGGGAUGAGGAACUUUCCGUGCUUCCCAGGCACACCAAAGUUAUUGUUACUGGAAACAACAGAACAAAGUCUGUGUUGGUGGGCUUGCAAGGCGUCGUCAAGAAGGCUGUUGGUCUUGGAGGUUGGCAUUGGCUGGUUCUGAAAAACGGCGUUGAAGUAAAGCUGCAAAGAAACGCUUUGAGUGUGCUGGAACAUCCUACUGGGCAUGAAGAAGAUGACGAUCAUGAGUAUGAUAUCUCUAGCAGUAGUUCUGAUAUUGGUGAAAAGGAUAAUGAUUUCUCUACUAGUAUUGAGUUCCACAGACUUAGUAAGCCAAGAAUACGGACAAAGCCUUGGGUAACAUCUGCAUCAGCAAAGUCAAAUCGUGGCUGUUACAGAGAACUUCAAUCCAUCCACGCACCUCAAAGAAGGGUAAACUUGGCCAAAUUGGGUACGGACUCAUUGUGGAGAUAUUGCAGACACUUCAGUCUUGUGAGCAGCAAUUUUAAUCCAUCAAGGGACCGAUUGUUUAACGCCGCCCAGCGGCAUUACACUCAGCUAGAAGUGGACGAGGCACAAGUGAUCCCCGAAUUUGUUCAUGCUGCCAAGAGACAUAAGUCAACUGGCAAACUGAGAUAAAAGGGGAAUUGUGAAUGUUGAGAGCUUGUAUGAUAAUAUACAUAUAAGUCUAUUGACCCCUAACCUUUAAGAUGUGAUCCAAUUAGUAGACUAAUAUGAGAGAGGAUAGUUAGCCAACCAUAUCUAAUCUCUUUCCUGGAUUCUAACCCUGUAAUAUUUGACUGAUGCCUCGUUAUUAUUAUAUCCUUAUUUUCCCGUA